AUGAUGUUCUGCGCUCGGUGUCUGCGCGCCACCUCCUUGCGGCGCUCGCAGCCGAUUCUUCGACAGUUUUCGACAACGACGAAUUUCCGUUCCACAGAACCUCAACUUUCGACUCCCGUUACAGCGCCCGGUGAGGCACAGAAGGAUGUCCCUGCUGCACGAUCAUCGUGUGCACCGGGAACUGUUCUUAAUGGCUUAAACUAUACCAAGGGUGGACAAGACCCUGUCGCAAAGAAUGAUGACGAAUACCCAGAAUGGUUGUGGUCUUGCUUGGAAGUCUUGAAGAAGAGUGCCGAUUCGGCGGAUGCCGAUGCUGGUGACGAAUUCUCCAAGUCGAAGAAGCAAAGAAAACUGGCAGCCAAGCGUCAAAAGACCCUCGAGGCCAAGCUGUUGGCUGAGGGUAAUCUCGAGGCUCUGGCUCCUAAGAUUCCUCUUCAACGCCAGUCUAUUAAUAUCCUCGGAGAAGAGAAUCGAGGAGUUGAGCAUAACAUUGAGGCCGCACAAAAGCGAGAGGAGCUUAAGAAGGCGAUGCGAAAGGAGAGAAGGGCCAAGAUCAAGGAAACCAACUACCUCAAGUCUAUGUAA